CGCUGGUAAAGAGCUAUUCACGCUUGCUGUACAAAUUGUUAUCCAUGCGCCUACAUUCCAUAGGUUUGAGACACAUGCCUUUUGGCAGCACGUUCGGCGCCGUCAGACGCAGCGCCUGUGUUCGGUUGGAAAAACGUCUUCCCGUGAAAAUCGUUACUUACUCGAAGGGGCUGCAGCCUCGAGCCACUAAGCGUGCAAGUUUGUCUGCGUACUUGAACACUGAUCUGUUGUUGACAGAAUCAUCCUGUGUUGAGACCAUCCGUGGAAAUGGCUCGUGUCUGCAGAGUAGCGGUGGGCGUCAGGCAACAGCUCGCUGCAUCCGUCGUCGCUGGCCUGCUCGUCACACUUCUCACUGACGUAGAUGCCUCUCCUGUUAAUGCGCUGCCGCCUGAUCCAGCUGAGUCCACAGUGCCAACGUGCGAUGAAGGUCAGGAGAUGACCAUAACUUUGUCGCCCGAGAAAAACGCAGCCAGUUUCAUGUGUGGUACAGCCAUAGGGAACAUUUCACCGCCACUACGUCCAGCAAAAGAAGGUUUCGAGGCCUUUGUUGAUGAAGCGGCGACUACAGUAGUCCGGUUUCACUCUCCAGAUGUCCAGCUAAUUGAGGAAAAUAAUGUGUACACAGUUACCGCAGGCAUCUUUCCUCCUGUUGGCGGCACGUGGUAUCUUUUCUGUUUGGAGCCGGGGAUCGGCAGCGCUGCAGUCAACACCGUCAAAAAGAAGUGCCGCGUAGAGGUCGUCAUCAAGGGAACAUCUAUAAUCCCUCAACAGUGUACCACUGUGGGAGGCUCAGUUGAUCUUCGCAUUCGUGGUCCCGGAUAUGCAGUAACAUUUGGGUGCGGUCUGAGCUUCCCGCAGCUUGACCCUCCACUGAGCGGAAAGGAGGUAUACGUCGGCCGGGAAUGCUCAGAAAAGCAGCAGUUGUCAGCGCUAGUUCCGAGUGCAGCGCUCGAAGUGGGACCUGCCGGUCAACUAUAUACUCUGUUUGUUGAUAAACUCCCUCCUGUGGGGCGAUUGUUGUGUUACAAAUGUGUAAAUGACUUAACCGCUGCAUGCAAGGCGUUAAUCGUAGUCCCGCCGUCUGCCGAAGAAGUCGCUACUACGGUCGCCAGCACUUCAACAUUCGGACCGUCCUCAGACGCUACAAUCGCGCUGCACUCAUCCAGUUCUUAUCUGUUGAUCGCAGUUGUCUUUCUGCUUCGACUGAUGUAGUUGGAUGUGCUGGAGCAGAAACGUGGAAUUUUGGGACGCGGCAUCAUCCGUGCUAUAAUGUACUUCCAUGCACUCAUCCACUGUGGCUGCGUGUUCGGGAGGAAGCCGACCACGAGCGUUUGAAGAGGGCUCGGCGUACCAAUGCUUCAACAUUAGCGCGCAUCAUAUGCAAAUAAGGUAAUAUGGAUUUCACUUGUCUGGUUUCUUCAAAUUUCUAGGCUCUUCCAUUCAGCAUCUGUGUAUGCGGCUGUUACUCCCAUCGAGGGGGGGAACUUUUCUCCGGUACGAAACGAAUUCGUUUCAGCGGCUGAGAAAGACACAGUCAUUUGACCUGUGGGUUAGUACAUGUUGGUUUAUUACUUACGUCAGCCGGUGUCCACGUUUCUUAAUCGACUCCCCUCACUUAGUCAGUCCGACGCUGCCUUCGAGAGGUAUUUAGGGUAGAAUCUGGCGAUGCUUCGCUGAAAAUCAAUGAAUCUUUCCUCCGUUCAGUCGUGACGAGUAUCUAUGUUCUCAUGGUAGAACUCUCUAGGAGUUGUGAAUGUUCAUGUGAAGCGGCAAAUGAAUGGAUGCUGAGAAGUGAGGCCAAUGCCUACUGGACAGCUAAGGUCCCCGUCAGAUCAUCCUGUGCCUCUUAAAGACCUUGUUCUUUUCAAACACCAAUAACAA